GCCCUGAAGGCGGCAGAGCAGCAACGGCAGCCGCAGAGAUUGGUUUGUAAAGAUUUCAUAGUCAAGCAGAGCAUAUACAAGGAGCAUUGGCAAUCAUGGCGUUCCGAGGCAAAAAUGCUGUGGUUACGGGUGGUGCCGGAGGAAUAGGCUUGCAAGUGGCCAAGCAGCUGCUGGUAGCAGGAGCCGGAAAAGUAGCCAUUAUUGAUAUACAGGAUAAUUUGGAGGAGUUUGUCAAGCUACGCGCGGCGCAUCCCACGCAGAGCGUCAUGAUCAUCAAAAUGGAUGUGGCGAACAAGAAGGGCGUGGAGGCCACCUACGAGGAGAUCAAGAAGACCUUUGGCAACAUUGAUAUUGUGGUCAAUGUGGCAGGCAUAUUCAAUGACAAGGAUGUUCAACGUACGCUGCUGGUCAACCUGGGCGGCAUCAUCAACUCUAGUUUGAGCGCUUUGCAGUACAUGAGCAAAGAGAAUGGCGGCAAUGGAGGGCUUGUGCUUAACAUGAGCUCCGUGGUGGGCCUCGAUCCGAUGUUUAUAAUACCUGUUUAUGGUGCCACCAAGGCGGGCAUCAUUAACUUUACUCGUUGCCUGGGCAACGAAAAGUUCUAUCAACGCUCGGGCAUUAAGUUUGCCACGGUCUGUCCGGGUGCCACCAUGACGGAUAUGUUUACCAAUUUUACGGAGAAAAUCAUUUUCCCAGAGACUAGCGAUGAGACAUAUAAGAUCUUGGACCGUCUGAGCAAACAGAGUGCCACGGAUGUUGCGCGUUGCAUGCUCAAUGUACUCGAGAAGGAGAAGAAUGGCGCCGUGUAUGUGAUUGAGGGCAAACGCAUCAUACCCCUGGAAAUGAAGCCACUCUGGACGGGCAAGGAACCAGCGCUCUAAGGGAAUACGCAAACAGCUAACAG